CUUUUUUAAAUUAGAAAAAAAAAAUUAUCACUGCUUCUUCAAACCCUCUAAAAUUCUCUAAUAACCCCGCCCUCGAUUAACCCUUUAUUACGAUCCUGACCCUCUCUCCGGCCGACGUAUUCUUUUCUCUUUUCCCGAAAUACCCCUCCGCCGCCUCAUAAAGUACCUUCUUCACGAUUUCAAAGUCGGGCCGGAUUCAAAUGAUAGCUCCGAAGACAUUCCUCCUUCUAUUCGUCUAGAAUAUUCUAUCUUCCUUCGAAUGGCUUCUCAUGUUGUUUGACUGCUGCAAUUUUGAUAGAGAUUGGAACUCUGCAUGCGGUAAGGAACAAUUGUUUGUUAUUUAUUUCGAAAGGGUCCAAUGGAGCUGAAAGCUUCAUCACCUAAGCUUGGUGGUCUUUCUCCUCCUGCUUAUGUUAGUGGUCCUGAGGAUAAGGAAAUCAGUGAUGAGGAGGAUGAUGACCGCAACCACAAGCAUCGUCGGCAUGAUACACGUUCUCAAUCAUUAGAGACAGAUUUUGUGGAUCCAGUUUUUACAAGGCCAUACAAAAAGCACAAUAAGCCUUUUGAAAAUGGGCAUCCUAUCAGAGGAAAUGAAUCUCGAGCAGGUGAAACCUGGAAAAAUUACAACGGUUUGCCACUUGACAAAGACUUGACAUCCAAGUUUGGCAGAAGACGCCCUGGAUUUAGGUUGAACCAAACAUUUAGCGGAGAUUAUGGUCCUGGUAGGGCAAGAGGAAGGGAUAACUCUUCUUGGAAACAGUGUGAUCCUAGGUUUAGUUCAGUUGAUAUUGCUUCUCAGAUGGUUCAGCCAGGAUCUGUUGCUCCAAGUCUCUUUGCAGGAAGGGGAUUACCAAAUGUUUCAAAUGCACAAAGCUCAUCAUGGACUGCCUUUGGGCUUAUGCCUGGAAUACCAAAUGGUGGCCUAGAUACUCUCCAUCCCAUUGGCUUACAAGGUGCACUCAGGCCUCCGAUGAAUUCUUCAUUGAAUAUGGGCAUUCCUCGACAGCGUUGUAGAGACUUUGAGGAGCGUGGAUUUUGUCUAAGAGGAGACAUGUGCCCAAUGGAGCAUGGUGUCAAUCGCAUUGUUGUUGAAGAUGUUCAGAGCUUGUCACAGUUUAACCUUCCUGUAACAGUUUCAAGUGCACAGCUAUUGUCAACCCCUGCUGUACCUGGACCACUGCCUUCAGGUGUUCCUCCCUCAGCCUCUUUAAUGAACAGUGAUGGUAUUUAUAGAAAAAGUAGCAAACCUGGAAUGACUGGCGAUGCCUUAGGUUCAAAUGGCACAUAUACUGUUUCUACUAGUGCUAGUGAGGCUGAUUUAUAUGAUCCUGAUCAGCCUUUGUGGAAUAACAAUGGCUCAGAAGCAACGGCAGCUCUCUCAGGUCUACAUUCACCCAAGGUUCAUAAAAUGGAACCCUUGCACGAUAAUGAGUUUCCAGUUAGAAGCGCUGGGUCACAGGGCACAAAUUUGUCUGUUUGGGGUAGAAUUGCUAGCUCAAGAAAUAGAAUAGAUACAAAACAGGAAACUGGUCUCACACCGUCCGACUAUCUUGAGAAUGAAACCAAGGGAGAACAAAAAGAAUUUCCCAGCUUGCAAGGCACUUCGUGUCAGGUAAAGCCAAUCAGCACUGAGGGUGAUGGCACCAAAGUUAUGGAUUUGUCACUCAAGUCACAGACUGAUAGUAGACAUAAUAGCAGAAAACCAACUCAGAAGGCAUUUCGUACACUGUUUGUCAAUGGAAUUCCCCAAAAAAGCAACAAAAGAGAAGCUCUUCUUUCUCAUUUUCGUAAGUUUGGACAGAUUAUUGACAUUUAUAUUCCAUCAAAUAGCGAACGUGCCUUUGUCCAGUUUUCAAGGAGGGAAGAGGCAGAAGCUGCUUUGAAGUCACCUGAUGCUGUCAUGGGAAACCGCUUUAUUAAGCUCUGGUGGGCUAAUCGGGAUAGCAUACCUGAUGAUGCUGUAAAAAGUGGCAGUGGCAUAGCAGUAAAUCCACAUGGUCUAACAGCUCCUGCUUUUCAAGUACAACCUGUUGCUACAAGAGGAAAGGAUAAUCUUCAACCAACUGCUCAAAAAAGCAAUGUUAUCCAUGAUGCUGAUUUGUCGCCAUCUCUGAAUUCCCCUAGGCCUGUCAAUUUGAAUGGUCCCAAGGCUUCACCUCCAUUGCAGAAAAAGUUAGAGACUCUGGAGCAGAUGAAGGAGGAGCUCCGCAAGAAGCAGGAAAUGCUGGAGCAGAAGCGGAAUGACUUCCGGCGCCAGUUGGACAAACUUCAGAAACAAUCUAGUGGUGCCAAGGGCGACCUACAUACCGAGCAAGCUGCUAAGAGGCAGAAGGUGGGAAUUGCGGCUGACCCCGCAAAAGCUUCAACUUCAAGUUCCUCCGAACCAGCUGCUUUUGUAGCAACACCGUGCACUGUAGUGACAGAUAAAAACAAAUCAACGGAGAAUCUUGCAUUGCAGGAAUCUACAAGCUCAAAGCAUCAUUCUCAUCCAUCAGCGGUGGUAGGGCAUCCAAUCAUGAUAAAUAAAUACAAAUUGGACAACCGACCUACUGCUUUUCAAGUUAUUCCACCAUUGCCUGCGGGUUUUGCAGAUGUUGAUGUUUUGAAGCAACACUUCUCACAAUACGGCGAUCUCGUCUCUGUGGAGCUGCAAGAUGUGGAAAAAGAUGAUAAUACGGGAUCAGAGGCAUCGCAUAAUUGCUCGGUUCUUAUAACUUACAGCACACACCACUCCGCAGAGAAGGCGUAUGCAGAUGGGAAAUGCUGGAAGACACAUAAUUUACAGCUUUCAUGGCAAACAUCUAGCAAAGACCAACAUAGUAGAAAGGAAACCGAUGUGGAGACCAAUGAAAAGUUAACAGCAUGCUGCAGUACUUCGGGUAAUUGCGAGCAUAUGGAAUGUUUAGUACCGGAAGAUUCAAAGCAUAAUCCCAUCCCAAAUGUCUAAGCAUGAAAGAGUGGCUUAAAAGGCUUAAGGGUGCUGUUUUGGGGAUUUGUACAGUUGAGGUAAAAUGUUAAAAAAUCCUAUUGAAGUAUAAAAUUUUGUGAAAGUUGAAAUUCCAUUUGUUUUUUUUACAGUAUAAUGUUUGUUUAUGAUAUUCUCAUAUAUUAGUUGUUGCCACCACAAGGAUGAUUAGGGGUGGCAAAUUUGUUUAGAGCUUUAGGGGACUAACAUUCUCCUUUUCCACGAGUCUUUGGGAACCUCUUUUUUUUUUUUUUUUACUCUCUUUGAUUCUCCUUAUAAUUCAAAGGUUAAUUUUUAUUUUGGUUUUA